GCGAAAAAUCUACGAAGCAAUAUACAUUAUUUUAAUGGUGUAUUACUUUUAAAAUAAAUAGUGUUUUGAAAAAUUGUUUAAAAUAAUAGCGAUCAUAUAAACCAAUAAAAUGUACGGGUUGAAAACACUUUUACCGGAAUAUGAUAUACAAUUGCCGACUUGCAUGUACCCAAUGAAAGUGCUCAACAAUUCGGCAGCUACAGGAAUUGUAAAAGCUGACGCACCCAGCGGUUUUUGCAAUGGGAAUUCUAAUCCUCUUGCCACGUCCGCUGUCACCUCCCUUGGGCUGAAGAAAAAUGUGUGCGCGCUUGAUUUGGACAAUUUAAGUGCACAAAUCCAGAACUUACUCAAGUCUUCGAAUGAUGUCGGUACCGUAUGCGCUCGCCAGGAGAAAGUCCUAAAGCAGCUGCAAGAACUCAAAGAACAGAUGGCCAACAUUCGUGCAUCGCUUGGUCUUUGCCAAAAGGGCCCACAACACACUGGACAAACAACACUGCGGAAUGGUGGACUCCGUGAGGAACCGCUGCAUGAUAUUGUUAUCAAUGGACACCCCAAUUUCAUACCUUAUGCUUUAUUAGCAUUGAAGAAUGCGUGGAAGGACCUUUUCACUAUUGAAGUGAGAACCUUUAAACAUUCGACAAUGCCUGAUAUUGGCAAAGAAGCAAGCGCUUUCGAAAAAAAAUUGGCACAAGUGAAGAUAGACCCCUCAAAGCCGAAAGUGAAUGUGUCACUGAUUUGGAAAAAUUGUGAACACACUGAAAUGAUCAGUUCUCCCACCAUGUACGUGCCCAUUUAUGGCGAAGUUAAUAUCAUACGCUAUUUGGGACGUGUUGGUCCACAGGAAUACCGUUAUGAAGAUUCACCAAACUGCAAUGAAAUCGAUGCGGUGCUGGAUAUAUGCUAUCAAUUGUUGCGUUGUAACACCAGUAAAAGUCGCGCCUCAAUGAUACGCGCACUUAAUCUACGUCUAGGAAAACAAAAAUAUUUCAGUGGUGAUGAAAUAUCAAUUGCCGAUAUUGGUGUGCACAGCUCAUUCAAACGUUUGCCCGCCAUAACUGCUAAGGACCUACCACCCACAUUGAUUGAGUGGCAAAAACGUGUACAACUUAUUACACAACUGUAAAAUAAGUUUAUAAUAAUUAAUUAUGCUUUUACUAUGGUACGUUUGUAAUAAUAUACAUAUGUGUGUAGUAAAUGAA